AUGAAACCCAUCAUCGCAGUCCCCGCCGUUCUUGGCCUGGUCUACCGCGCCCACUCGCGCAAGUCCCUCACACCCCUAGGAAUUACUGCUGCAUUCCUCACGGCUAUUGCCCAUGCGGUCCAUCCAUGGUCGGCACCGUUCUUCUUGUUGGCCGUGUUCUAUCUGGGUGGAACGAAGGUUACCAAGAUUAAACACGAUUUUAAAGCAAGCUUGACCCUUUCAGCGACAGGCUCCGAAGGCAAUGACACGCAGCGCACCCACAACCAGGUCCUGGCAAACUCGAUUGUUGCGUCCAUAUUGAGCUUGCUGUACGCAUAUUUACACGCGAAGAACAAGUCGCGCGGACAGUGUUUCUCUUUUGGUGGUGAUGCCUUGGAUUUGUUGACUGUUGGAAUUGUUGCUAACUAUGCUGCCGUGGCCGCUGAUACUUUCUCAUCUGAAUUGGGCAUCCUAUCGAAAUCAAAACCACGUCUUAUCACCUCUCCAACACUCCGUGUCGUUCCCCCCGGUACAAAUGGCGGCGUCACUGCUACUGGUCUUUUCGCUGGCAUAUUAGGAGCGACCACAAUUGCAUUGACGUCUAUUGUUCUGUUGCCUUUUUGUUCAGAUGGGGCUGGAAUCGAUAUCAAAACACGCGUGCAGCUGUUUCUGGCAGUGACCGCCUGGGGGGCAUUGGGAAGUGUUGUCGACAGUAUUCUGGGUGGGCUUUUGCAAGCCAGUGUGAUAGAUAAAAGAACCGGGAAGAUUGUUGAGGGAAGUGGCGGUAAGAAGGUUCUUAUCCAUCCUGCUUCUACUCAACAUGACGGUAUAGAUAAUGUGGGCUCUCAGUCAUCUAGCGUGAAGGGUGAUGUUCAUCUUCGCAAUACUGAGGCUGUGGCGAACAUGGUCGCAUUGAAGGGCAGCAAAGCCACAAGCUCACCAAUAAAGACACAGUCUAGUGAGAAACACGAUCCAGCUCAUGAGAGUCGCCGUGUUGAGACUGGAUGGGAUUUACUGGAUAAUAAUGGUGUGAAUCUCUUGAUGGCGUCAGUAAUGAGUCUUGGAGGAAUUGCGAUCGCUAGCUGGGUAUGGGAUGUGCCUGUGAGAUGA